AUGGAAUCUGCACAACAUCGUGGCGACGUCCCUCCAGUCCACACAAUCGAUCUAUCCCUGCCCCCAAUAGAACGAUACGUCCAGGUCGCACAGAUUUACCGCCCUCAGUUGCUCCAGGUCACGUACCUUUUCGAUGAGCUGGUCGAGUCCAUUCUCCCGGGAUAUCUGCCGUGGAUCAAAUGGCUGGCGCGUCUCGCGCUUAGACGGUUGUCCACCCAGGAAGAAACGGACGAACUUAGAGGGAUUAGCAGAGUAACAGGGAUAGAAAUGUACCUCCUCGUCUCGUUAAAUGUCCUUCUUGAUCUGCUGAUGGGCUGUACGAGCGGUGCGGCCCUAGCGAAAGAUAGCAAAUCAAACAAUCAGCAGCCACGACUGCUGCACUUCCGCACGCUGGACUGGGGGAUGGAUGCGCUUCGACAACUUCUAGUGUGUUUUGAAUUCGUCCAGGGUCUGGAUUCCAGCUCCGUCGUGGCUACAAAUAUCACGUACGUGGGUUUUGUAGGCGUCUUGACUGGUGUUCGAAAAGGACUCAGCGUCUCUUUGAAUUUCCGUCCGAAUCAUAACUCCAACGGUUGGAUUGGCAACCUUCGCUAUUAUGGUAGUCUUCUUCUGGUCCUCUUGGGCUUGAGACGAUCGAUAUCGUCUGUGCUUCGGCAGUAUAUUAUUCCAUCUGGAAGACCGGGGCGAAGCUGGUUUCACUGGUAUUUCUCUCUAUCCGGACUAAGAGCUUGUUCUAUUAUGUCUCUGUCUCUUAGUUCAAUCUGGCCUAUUGUACAGCGCACACCAUCCACCGCAGCAUAUCUGACCUUCUGUGAUGGUGUGACUGCGGUGGUGCUUGAAAAAGAUCACAGAACAGCUCGGAUGGCAAGUAGCCAGUCCUUCAUCGUCGCAACCAACAGUGAUCAUAUUUCUACCUCUACGGAGGACAAACACCUUGAUGAGCAACACUCUGGCGCCACGCUGGUUGCAUCAACUAGCGUCACAAUGGCCGAUCUGAUUGAAGACAGCCGGGAGCGGCGAGAAUGUAUACAAGCGCGCUGGGAUAAGAAAGUGUAUCAAGCCCGUCGAGUCACUUCUACUUCAAAGGCUGUCCAUGCAAGGAAUCAGGUAGAUCGGUUGAGACGCACACGCGCGUCCCAGAGGCAUCAGGUCCGGCCGUCGGAAGCUCCAAUGCUAGAAUCGGACGCAAAGCAGGAGGUCACAGCAACGUCCCAGGAAGUUGUCGACUGGACUACGGCGUAUCCGACAACUAAUGAAAUGACCCAUUUCGCUGUGGUUAUGGAUCCUAGUGAGGGGAGAGUGCUUUGGAUUCGUCGAUACUUGGAGCCUUUGCCGUUUGACUUGACUGAGUUUGUUUGA